GUAUCGUGGAAGUUUAUUAGCUUUUCGGUGUUGUUAAUUACAAAUUUUACUAGAGAUUGGAGAUAAAACUUUUACCUUUCCAUUUAUUCCACUACCCAGAAUCUCAUUUCAUGCCAGCAGUGUUGGAGCGUAACGUUUGGACCAGUGCAUAGGAAAUGAUUUGCCCAUUGCAGUCACUAACAAGAGGACAUGUCUUAAAAUGCAGUACUGUAACAGGCAGCAGUCACUUCCACCAAACAUUUAGCUUGCAGCAGCCUCUAUACUUCCAGAAAGAAAUGACUAAGCAGAAUAUUUCCUGUGCUGCACCACCACAUGCUUUAAUGGUGCAGAAUGUGAAGCAGUUCUCGUUAAGUGCUAAACAGAUGGCAAGCCAAGGACAUGACCAUACAAAACUUUGGGCUGCAGAAAAAGUUCUGAGUGUUAGUCUUCUUGGGAUUGUACCUUUAGCAUUUCUCAUCCCUUCUCAAUUUAUGGAUUACCUGUUGGCAGUAACGGUUGUGAUGCAUAAUCAUUGGGGUAUUGAAGCUAUAGUCAUGGACUAUGUGCGCCCAGUAAUUUUUGGCAAUGUAAUUCCAAAAAUUGCUCUUGGUGCAGUAUACCUUCUGUCAAUUGUGACACUGGCUGGGCUGCUUUUCUUCAUAACCAAUGAUGUGGGAAUUGUUCUUGCCAUAAAGCAGUUCUGGAAGCUGUAAUAGGAGACGACUGUACAGGCAAAAUAGAGGCCCUAGUUGCUGGCAUGCUUAUUCUGCUGAAAACAUUUAUGAAAUUUUGUUAAUCCUGACUGUUACAUUCUCAGUAGUGAGUCUUGGAACAGUAAAAUUCAACUUGAAUAUUGUUACAGAAUUGUUUAUUAUGUGCGGAAACCGUAAUAUGCUGUGUUCAUUUUUGGAAGAUGAA